AUGCAAGAGAUUCUCUCCGGACGGGCUACAAAACUCUCGUCGAGUGCUUGUUUGUUUUGCAAAAAGCGGAAGCGCAAGUGCGAUGGAGCUCAACCUUGUACAACAUGUAUCAAAUAUAACAAUACGGACAACUGUGUCUACAAGUCCGAGAACGACCGCCGCAAGAAGAAAUACGACUCUGCUCACAUAGACUAUUUGGAGGUGAAAGCGGACCUUCUCGAGCUUCAUGCAGCCAAUCUGAUCAAGAACUCUAGUAAUCUCAAGGGAUUUGAUAUUAACUCAAUUCUGCCCAAGAGGCCUCAAUUAACUCAGAACAACGAUUCCACUCAACUUCAAAAUAUGACCGAAGAAUAUACCGACAUAGGAGCUUUGGAAGAAAUCGUUUCUACUGCCUGGAAAGUUCGCCAGCAUGGUGAUAAGACCGAGUUCUAUGGUCCUUUAUCAGGUCGACAAGGAGUCGUCGAAGAUGGUGAAGAGGAACCAGUUAAUCCGGAAACAGGCUUUUUGGACAUUAACUUUACCUCACCACAGUUCAAAGAACGUCUUCUCAGCACUUUUGAAGAGACUUUUGCUUGCUAUUUCUAUGUUUCAGAGCUGACUUUGGACUCUGUGCGCUCUUGGCAAUUUCCAUCCCCUGAACCCGAUAAGCAGCUCUUGAUUUGUGCAAUCUUCGCCUACGCAUCCGCCUACGUGCGACCUUCCAUCACCUCAGCAUUCCUGCAGGAAGCAGAAAGCUCCGCUCUAAUUGCUUGUAAAGAGUCUUUGAACGAGAAUGUUUUACAAGGAUUAUUGAUUCUUUCUUGUUACGAGCUUGGAAUGGUCCACGAUCACAGUUCAUGGUUGUUCGAUGCAAUGUGCGCAUCACAGGCACAGUUCAUGGGACUACACCUAGCGUCAAAGCCAAUUGACAUGAGUACUCCAAUGAGCUUGGCUACGACAUCGCCUUUAAAGAGUGCACUUUUUUGGUCUAUAAUCAUGCAAGACAGAUUCAUUACCACUGUUUUGGGCCGGGGCUGCAGAAUCCAAUAUUUCCGUAUCAUGACUCCAUUUUACAGUCCUCGAACUUCGCCGCAAAAACAUGACAAAUACAUCAGUGAGCUCACGUUUUCGUUCCAUUCACGAUUAUGGUACAUUCACGAUCGAUCGACACAGCAGAUUUACUCUUUCAGAGCGGAUUAUCUACACAACUCUCACCGCCAGAUGCUUUUGGAGCAAGGAUUUUCGAAUUUGAGAGCAUUAUAUGAAUCAUUUCCCGACACAAUCAUGUUAAAACCUGAUACCACAGAUAAGCGGAUCCUUCUUCUACAUUUGUCAUAUUACGUUGCUCUAUUAUUAUUGCACCGGUCAUAUCUGAUUCAGAAUCCAAAGAAGAUUAUUCAAUUGAUGAUUAAGUUAUGUACCUCGGCAUCUAAAGUGGCUGAAAGAUUCUCAGAACUUUAUGGAUUCAACAGAGCGCCUUAUUUCGUUGGAUACCUUCUCUUCCAGUGUGCAAUGUUUGAUUUAUUCAUUCUCGCAAACAAGGAUCGCAGUCUUCAUGAGGGAGCGAACUCUCGGUUUGUCAAGUUCAUGACUGCACUAAGCGAAUAUGCAGAUGUUUGGACCCGUGGAAUCAAAGACAUCAAAGUGUUGGAUAAUCUUUCUCAGCAGUGGAACGUGAACGUCCCUAUAUUACAAAAACUCAGACAAGGCAGUCAGCCAGUUUCAGAUAUAUCAUCCACUGAGAACGAUCUUUACGGAAAUUAUCUGGAUGUUGAUCUGGACAAAGACUUUGCCAACACGAUGCCGGUGCCUGAUGUCUACAACAUCCCAAUGUUUCUGGACAGUUUUGAUUUUGAUUUUGCUUCGUCUUAA